AUGUUGGUCCACCUCUGGCUUCUCUGUGGUCUGAGUGCUGUUGUGACCCCUCAGGAUGUCACACAACAAGCCCAAAUGUUUCUAGAAGAGUUUAACAGGAGGGCAGAGAAUAUCAGCUAUGAGAGCUCCCUUGCCUCAUGGAACUACAACACCAACAUCACCAAGGAUACUGCCAGGAAAAUGAACGAGGCGGAUGCCAAGUGGUCCGCGUUUUACGACGAGGCCUCCAGGAAUGCCAGCAGCUUCCCAUUAGCCAACAUCCAGGAUGCUCUCACCAGGCUCCAGAUCCAGGCUCUGCAGGACAGAGGGUCGUCUGUGCUGUCACUGGAAAAAUAUAGCAGACUGAGCACUGUGCUAAAUACAAUGAGUACCAUCUACAGCACUGGGACCGUCUGUAAAAUCACCGAACCGUCUGAGUGUUUGGUGCUGGAGCCAGGUCUGGACAUUAUUAUGGCUAACAGCACAGAUUAUCAUGAGAGACUCUGGGCCUGGGAAGGCUGGAGAGCUGAUGUUGGCAGGAGGAUGAGACCAUUAUAUGAAGAGUAUGUUGAACUUAAAAAUGAGGUUGCAAAGCUUAAUAGUUAUUCUGACUACGGAGAUUACUGGAGAGCAAAUUAUGAAGCAGACUAUCCAGAAGAAUACAAAUACAGCCGUGACCGGCUGGUCGAAGAUGUGGAGAAGACAUUUGAGCAGCUAAAACCUCUGUACCAGCAGCUGCAUGCCUAUGUGAGGCACCGACUGGAGCAGUUCUACGGCCCCGAGCUCAUCAGCUCCACGGGAUGCCUCCCUGCUCACUUGCUGGGUGAUAUGUGGGGUAGAUUUUGGACAAAUCUGUAUGCUUUGACCGUUCCCUAUCCAGCCAAACCAAACAUUGAUGUAACUUCUGCAAUGGUUCAAAAAAAAUGGGAUGCAAUGAAAAUAUUCAAAGCCGCUGAGGCCUUCUUCGUCUCCAUCGGCCUCAACAAAAUGACUGAGGGCUUCUGGAAUAACUCCAUGCUCACAGAGCCGACCGACAACAGGAAGGUUGUCUGCCAUCCUACGGCAUGGGAUCUGGGGAAAAAUGACUACAGGAUCAAGAUGUGCACCAAAGUGACCAUGGACGACUUCCUGACCGCGCACCACGAGAUGGGCCACAUCGAGUAUGACAUGGCGUACUCUGCGCAGCCCUACCUGCUAAGAGGCGGCGCCAACGAGGGCUUCCACGAAGCAGUAGGUGAAAUUAUGUCACUUUCUGCAGCCACUCCUCAGCACUUGAAAUCUCUUGACCUCCUAGAGCCAACUUUCCAAGAGGAUCAAGAAACUGAAAUCAACUUUCUGCUCAAACAAGCACUAACGAUUGUUGGAACAAUGCCUUUUACUUACAUGCUGGAGAAGUGGAGGUGGAUGGUGUUUAGGGGUGAGAUUACAAAGCAGGAAUGGAUGAAGCGGUGGUGGGAGAUGAAGAGAGAAAUAGUUGGCGUUGUUGAACCAGUCCCUCAUGACGAAACCUAUUGCGACCCUGCAGUGCUGUUUCAUGUGGCCAAUGAUUACUCAUUCAUAAGGUAUUACACCCGGACCAUCUAUCAGUUCCAGUUUCAUGAGGCACUUUGCAAGGCAGCUAACCAUACUGGCCCUCUUCACACAUGUGACAUUACCAACUCCACAGCAGCUGGUCAGAAUUUGAGACAAUUGCUUGAAUUGGGCAGAUCCAAGCCCUGGACUGAAGCACUGGAAACUGUAACAGGAGAGAAAUACAUGAAUGCAGCGCCCUUGCUCCACUACUUUGAACCUUUAUAUAAGUGGCUGCAAAAAAACAAUUCUGGCAGAUACAUUGGUUGGAAAACAGACUGGGCUCCAUACACUGGCAAUGCCAUCAAAGUGCGCAUCAGCCUGAAGUCAGCACUGGGGGACCAGGCGUAUGAAUGGGAUGAAAGCGAGCUCUUCUUGUUCAAGUCAUCCAUCGCCUAUGCCAUGAGAAAAUACUUCGCAGAGGUGAAACAACAGGAAGUUAACUUCCAGAUUACAGACAUUCAUGUUGGGGAACAGACACAAAGGGUCUCCUUCUACCUUACUGUCAGCAUGCCAGGUAAUAUCAGUGAUAUUGUGCCCAAAGCUGACGUGGAAAGUGCCAUCAGGAGGUCUCGGGGACGAAUCAAUGAGGCUUUCAGACUGGAUGAUAACACGCUGGAGUUUGUGGGCAUACUUCCAACCCUGGCCACACCUUAUGAACCGCCAGUCACCAUCUGGUUAAUUAUAUUUGGGGUGGUCAUUAGCCUGGUUGUCAUUGGAGUUAUUGUCUUGAUCGUCACUGGGCAGAGAGAUCGCAAAAAGAGAGCGAGAAAAAGUAGGAGUGAAGCAGGAUUAAACUGUGAAGAGGUGAACCCUUACAAUGAAGAGGGAAAAAGCAACAUGGGUUUUGAGCCAUCUGAAGAGACACAAACAUCAUUCUAGAAGACGUGGGUACACUAAGGCUUUCCGCAUUUUUUCAUUUCACUUUUAACAAUAGUGCCUAGCAAGGACCAAAACACUAUGGACAUCAUCAAAC